AUGUAUGUUAAUAGACCUGACGAAAUGAAAAAUGUUUGUCUGGCUGAUUUUGCUUCGAUGUAUAAUAUUUCAAAAAAAAAAACAGAUAAUGAUCGAAUUAUAGAAAAUUCUGAUGACGAAGAUAUCACUGAAAAUGAAAGUGAUACUAAAAUUGCUCCUAUGAAAAUGAAAAAUGAUGAAGGUGAUAUUGAUGAUACAAAUAUUGAAUACGAUCAAGAUAAAAAUGAAUUUCUCAUUUAUGAAAUAGGAAAUACUGAAGGUGAUAUUUUUGUUGAAAUGGGAAUAAAUACUCGAACUGAAAAAGUCGAACACUUUAAUGUUCCCAAAAUAAUACCAGACACAGAAUAUCAACAAAUGAUGAGAAAUCUUAAUAAUAAUCAAAGGAAAUAUACUCUAAACGUAAUGAAUUUGAUGAAAAAUGGUGAAAGUCAAUUUUUUCAUUUCAUCAAUGGAGGUGCAGGUGUUGGCAAAAGCACUCUAAUCAAAGCAGUGUAUCAAUCAAUACUAAGAUUUUAUAAUUCACUUCCAGGAUAUUAUCCAGAUAGUAUUCGGGCUGCACUAUGUGCACCAACUGGCAAAGCAGCAGCAUUAAUUGAUGGAAUGACUUUGCAUUCAUUUUUAAGUUUACCAGUAAAUCAAUGCAAACAUAAGCUUGUUCAACUAAAUAGCGAUGUUUCGAAUAGAAUUGGAGUCAAAUUAAAAGACUUACAAUUAUUAAUAAUAGACGAAAUAUCAAUGGUUGGUUUUACAAUGUUUCAACAAGUCGAUGCACGUUUGCAGCAAAUAAUGAGAACAAAGAAACCAUUUGGCGGAAUAUCAGUCAUAGUUUUAGGCGAUUUCAAUCAAUUAAGACCAGUUGUAGAUAGUCCAUUAUGGUCAUUAUUUGAAUUGUUUGAAUUAACAGAAAUUAUGAGACAAAAGGAUGAUAAGACUUUCGCUAUUGCAUUAAGUAAUAUUGCGAAAGGUGCAAUGACGCUUGAAGAUAUUAAUUUAUUAAAAUCACGAAUUGUUUCAAACGAAAAUUUGGAAAUGGUGGGAGAUGCAAUAAGAAUAUUUAGAAGUAAUGCUGAAGUUGAUGCAUAUAAUACAAAAGUAUUGGCCAGUCUUAAUACCGAAGGUGCAAUCGCUAAUGCUUAUGAUUUUUGUAUUGGUGAUGGACUUGUAUCAAUAAGAGAAAAAGUUCUAAACAACAUAAAGAACCUGAAAACAACUGAAACUUACGGUUUACCACUUAAAAUUGAUUUAAAAGUGGGCGCCAAGUAUAUGAUGACAGUGAAUAUUGACACUGAAGAUGGAUUAGUAAAUGGCGCCUGUGGAAAAUUGAUAAUGAUUGAUUAUGGAAAGCUUCAAAAGACUAAUGAGACAGUACCAUGUAGACUAUGGAUUAAAUUUAAUGAAGAGAAAACUGGAAGAAAAGCUAGAGCCAACUUUCAUAAUGUAAUGCGAAAUAGAAAUAUUGAUCCCAGUCUCACACCAAUUGAACCGGUAACACGGCAAAUAAACACACGGUCAACAAAUUUCAAAGUAGAACGGAAACAGUUUCCUCUAGUUCCUUCUGAAGCUAUGACUAUAUAUAAAAGUCAAGGUGGAACUUAUGAAAAAGUCGUUGUUAAUCUAAAGAAAGGGAUGACACGAUCUGAAUUAUAUGUCUCUUGUAGUCGUGCAACAAAAUCAAGUGGUUUAUAUUUAAUUGGCGACUUCGUUCCACCAAAACCACCUGAACGUAAUGAUGCAGUGUCGAUGAUGUUCAAAACCAUGAGAUCCGAACGAAUGCUGAAAUUUUCACUUGAAUUUCCUGAAGAAUCUCAAGGAGAAAGAUUUUUCGUGAUGUUUCACAAUGUACAAUCAUUGAAUAAACAUAUUUUGGAUAUCAGAUCUGACAAAACAUUUUUGUGUGCUUCUAUGAUAAGUCUUGUUGAAACAUGGACAAAACCUACUGAUUCUUUGGAAAUCGAAGGUUUUAAAGUAAUUCACAGACGUAAUUGUAAUGAUACACGAAAACCAUUCGGUCAAAUCACUUACUUAAAAAAUGAUUUGAACCUCACAAGUUUCCAUAAACCAAUAUGGAUAAGAAAACAUGGAAUUUUGACUGAAGUUCAUGUUGAUGAAAUUAAACAAAUUCGUACAGAUAUACCUUUUAAUCUGGAAGAUCUUAAAAUUUAUGAUCAGUCUGAUAUGAUGGUAGUUGACGAAGAAUUCUCUUUCGGUCGUUAUGAAAUAGUUGAUGAAAACGAACAAAUCGAUAUAGAUACGACUUAUAAUCUUGAAGACCUUCACGCCAGUGAUCAAUCUGAUAUGAUGGAAAUCGAUGAACAAUCUUCUUUCGAAAACUAUGAAAUCAUUGAUUCAAACUCGAGAAAGAUUCUUGAUCAAUUUCUUCUUGUACUUGAUUUAAAUAAUACUACAGACACUCAUCAAAUUUCAAGUCAAGCUCAAGUAAUCAAUGAUGUAAUUGAAAAAUCACCGUUUAUAACUAUGCAAAAUAAAGACCGAUUCGUCCGGUUAGAAUUGGAAACAGAAUAUUCUGUUCAAGCAUUUGACUCAGUUUAUGCUCGAACCCGCACGACUGCAGAUGGCAAUUGUUUAUAUAGUUCUCUUUAG